AAGAAGCCUCCAAGACCUCCAAAUGCCUUUAUCUUAUACCGUCGUUCAAAACAACCUGAUAUAGUGGCACAAAACGAAGGUAUAUCAAACAAUGAAGUAUCUAAACAAGUCGGGGAAAUGUGGCACAAAGAGCCCUUAGAAGAGAAAAUGAAGUUCCAACGUUUAGCUGAUGCAGCAAAGAUGGAACACAUGAAGAAGUACCCAGAAUACAAAUAUAGA